UCUGAAACAAGACACGUAGGUUUGUCAUUUACCAUAGAAAAGAAACUCUUGUGGACUACGUGUAAACUAAUUUCCCACCCAUUCCAUUAUUCCCCACACAACACAUGCAAUGCAACCCUCACAUUUCAAAUCUUCUCUCUAUUCACAACAACAACAAGAUCUCAACACAUCAACAACAGCAACAUAAACUUGAACAAGAAGAUUAAGUUUACUCUUCUCUGUCUCUCUCUCUUCUUUCCAUGAAAGAAAACAAUAACCUUUUCAUAAUGUCUCACCACUCCUCUGCUGAAUCUGAUGACAAGAUUCCUUCUCAUCCAUCUAAAGAUGCCAACUUUGAGAGAAAACAAGAUGACCCUUUUCUCUUAAGCACUCAAAAGAGACAAAACCAUGAUGAUCAAGAUAAAGAUGCAACACAAAACUCAUCUCUUUGCAAGAAGGAGAAAAUGGCUUCUGUUAAGGAUGAUGUUGAUGUUGAUGCAAAAGAGUUGACAACUGUGGAUGAGGAGGAAGUGGAAGAGGUGAGUGAAAGAGAGAGGCUGAAGAGGCAUAGAGUUGAAGUAGCUGGAAGGGUUUGGAUACCUGAAAUAUGGGGUCAAGAGGAAUUAUUGAAGGAUUGGAUAGAUUGCACUGCAUUUGAUGCUCCUUUGAUUCCAAGCAAGAUCACUAUGGCACGUGCUGCUUUGGUUCAACAGGGUACUGCUAGAGCCAAUGCUGCUCCUCUAAGUAUAGAUAACAGUAUGUAUUCGGCCUUUACAAAUGGGUUACAUUGGAUAUACUAGUGAUGUCUACUGGUACUAAGGGACUUGGAAUUCAAUGUACAUAAGGAUUCAUCUCUUAAUAACAACUGCACAAAUGUUGAUGUUCAAAACACUCAAGUUUUCAGACACCCAAACACAGAGAAGAGCACCUAAACAAAAAUAUCUGAUUCAAGUUCACAAAUAUAUGAAGGGAGAGGAUUAUGUUUAGAAAAUCAUUGGAAACAAGCUGAUCAAGUUCACCAGUAACCACAUGCUAAUCUCUUCAAAAUAAAACACAGUUCAAAGAAGAAGAAAAAUUGAAGUAGAUAAAUGAAGUUGCAAAUACAGUUAACAGUAUAGCUGAUUGGUUGAGUGUUUUCUGCACUUAAGCUGUAAAUGAAGAAACAUUUGACAUUGGUUUGUUAAAUCUCUUGUUAUUGUUGUUAUUAUUGCCCUUGUGAUUGCAAGUACAAACUACAAAGAAACUAAAAAAAAUUCCAGGUUUAUCCAUAAGCAAGAUUUGCUAAUAGAA